AGCAGCGGCCUCACCGGGCUGGGCGGGGCGUCCCGGCCCCUCAGCACCCGGCGCCAGCUCGGCCCGCCCUCCCGCAGCCGUGGGCCGUGGGGUCUGCAGGGCCAAGGCCGGUGGGGGCCUCCCGCUCCCCGGAGCAGCCCCGCGGACACCCCGGAACCUGCAUCCCCAUGGGCCGGUGGAGGGGCAGAAGCAAAGCGCGCUACGUUUGCAAACUCAACUGACCCGGAUUCUAGUCCUGUCCCUUCCCCCUUCUAGCCGUGUGACCUUGGGCUGGUCACUGGCCUAGUUUUGGCCCUCGGGUGACCCCGGGCAUCCUUCGGGCGUCGGUAUCCUUUGAUCUCAGGGAGCUGACCAGAGCUCUCCCCACGGUUAUUCGAGACCGAGGUGGGAGAAUCACAGAAAAGGCCGUUUUCUGGCUUAGCUGCUAAACUCCUGUCCCGAGAAGUCAGGGCUUGAGGGAAGCCACCCAACUCCCCUCCGUCCCCGGGCGGUCCAGGAGGCAGCGACCCAGAGCAUCCUACCCCAAUGCUGGAAGAAGAAGCUCUGUAUUCUCAGGACUCUGACCAUUCUGAAGAAGAGAGACUAGGAGAUGAGGGUAUGGUUGGUGUGCUCAGGUCCCAGGAACCUGUGGCAUUUAAAGAUGUGGUUAUGGACUUCACUCAGGAGGAGUGGGGGCAGCUAGACCUUCCUCAGAAAGACCUGUACAAGGACCUGAUGUUGGAGAAGUACAGGAACCUGGUUUUGCUGGGGCUUCCAGUUUCUAAACCUGAUGUGAAUUCUGAGUUGGAACAAGGAGAAGACUCAUGGAUACCCAGGAAAGAAGAUCCAGGAAGCACCUGUUCAGACUGGGAGACUGUACCUAAGUCCAAAGAAUCACCUCCAAAUCCUGACUUUUUUGAAGAUAACUUAACUGCAUCCAAAGAAGCAAUAAUGGAAACACUACCAAGAGUUGGUCCAGAGGACCCCACAUUUCAAGAGACCUGGGAAUGUGAUGGCAGACUAGAGAGGCAGCAGGAAAACCAAGAGAGAGAUUUAAGGCAAGUAAAAAUCACUCACAAGAAACCUUCCCCUGGAGAGAGAGGUCAUGAAGGUAGUGAACUUGGGAGGAACUUUGGCCUGAGGUCAGUCCUUGUUACACAACAGAGAGUUCCUAUAGGCAAAAGCCUCCUUAAAUGUAACACACACAGAAAGAAUUCAAACCUACUUAAACAUCAUAAAAUACAUACUGGAGAAAAACCCUAUACUUGUAAUGAUUGUGGAAAAGGCUUCAGCUACUGUUCAUCCCUUUCUCAGCAUCAGAAAAGUCAUACCGGAGAGAAACCAUAUGAAUGUAACGAAUGUGGGAAAGCCUUCAGCCAGAGCUCAUCCCUUGUUCAGCAUCAGAGAAUUCAUACUGGAGAGAAACCCUAUAAAUGUAAUGAAUGUGGAAAAGCUUUCAGUCAGAAUGCAAAUCUCACAAAACAUCAGAGAACUCAUACUGGAGAGAAACCCUAUAAAUGUAAUGAAUGUGAGAGAGCCUUCGGUGACUGCUCAGCCCUUAUUCAACAUCAGAGAAUUCAUACUGGAGAGAAACCUUAUGAAUGUAAUGAAUGUGGAAAAGCCUUCCGCCACAGUGCAAAUCUCACAAACCAUCAAAGAACUCACACUGGAGAAAAACCCUACAAAUGUAUUCAGUGUGGAAAAUCCUUUGGUUAUUGUGCAGCUUUUAUUCAGCAUCAGAGAAUUCAUACUGGAGAGAAACCCUAUAAAUGUAAUGAAUGUGGGAAAGCCUUCAGUCAGAGUGCAAAUCUCACAAACCAUCAGAGAAUUCAUACUGGAGAAAAACCCUAUAAAUGUAAUGAAUGUGGGAAAGACUUCAGCCAGAGUACAAACCUCAUAAUCCAUCAGAAAAUUCAUACUGGAGAGAAACCUUAUGAAUGUAACGAAUGUGGGAAAGCCUUCAGUGAUAGCUCAGCCCUUAUUAGACACCAUGUCAUUCAUACUGGAGAGAAACCCUAUGAAUGUAAUGAAUGUGGAAAAGCUUUCAAUCAGAGCUCAUCACUUACUCAACAUCAGAGAACUCAUACUGGAGAGAAACCUUAUAAAUGUAAGGAGUGUGGAAAAGCUUUUAGGUGUAGUUCAGCCUUCAUCAGACAUCAAAGACUCCAUACAGGAGAAAAAUCCUAUAAAUGCAAUGAAUGUUCAAAAGCAUUCACUAAGCAGUCAUCCCUCAGCAGGCACUGGAGAAUUCACAUUGGAGAAAAAACCUAUGAAUGUAAUGAAUGUGGGAAAAAUUUCAAUGAGAGGUCAUGCUUAAAUAAACACCAGCGAAUCCAUACAGGAGAGAAACCUUACAAAUGUAAUGAAUGUGGAAAAGCCUUCACUGGCAGGUCAUCCCUUAGUAGACAUCAAAGAAUUCACACUGGGGAAAAACCCUAUGAAUGUAAUGAGUGUGGGAAAGCCUUCAUUCAGAGUAUACACCUUACUCGACAUCAGAGAAUUCAUACAGGAGAGAAACCCUAUAAAUGUAAUAAGUGUGGUAAGCCAUUUAGAUGGAAUACACAACUCAUUCUACAUCAGAGGAUCCAUACAGGAGAGAAACCCUAUGAAUGUAAUGAAUGUGGAAAAGCCUUUAGCCGCAGCACACACCUUAAUCAACAUCAGCUAAUUCAUACUGGAAAGAAACCUUAUGAAUGUAUUGUAUGUGGGAAGGCCUUCAAUGAUAGGUCAUCUGUUACUAAGCAUCAGCGAAUUCAUACUGGAGAGAAACCCUAUGAAUGCAGUGUAUGUGGGAAAGCCUUUCCUCACAGGUCAUCCCUUACUGAACAUCACAGAGUUCAUACUAGAGAGAAACCCUAUGCAUGUGAUGCAUGUGGAAAAGCUUUCAGCCGUAACACAUACCUUACUCAACAUCAGAGAAUUCAUACAGGAGAGAAACCCUUUGAAUGUAGUGAAUGUGGGAAAGCCUUUGGCCGGAGCACAAACCUUGCUCAACAUAAGAGAAUUCAUACUGGAUUAAAACCCUAUGAAUGUAAUGCAUGUGGGAAAGCCUUCAUUGACAGGUCAUCUCUUUCUAAACAUCAGAGAGUGCAUACUGGGGAGAAACCCUAUGAAUGCAAUGAAUGUGGGAAAACUUUUAGCCACAUAUCUUCCCUUACUAAACACCAGAGAAUUCAUAAUGGAGAGAAAUUUUAGUUCAUGUGGAAAUUUUCUUUUAAAUUCAACCAUACUCAAUAUUAGAGAAUUCAUCCUAGAGAAGACUGAGGUAGUGUGAUAUAGUGAAAGGAAUUGGAUUUAGAAUCAGAGAACCUGGCUCAAAUCCCAGCUCUUUCAACAUACCACCUGUAACCUUAGGCAAAAUCACUUAAACUUUCUGGGUUUCAAUUCUCUCAUCUCUAAGGAAGUUGAACAAAACAAAUGCUAAGAUUUCCAGUUCCAAAUUUAUGGUCUUUCAAACAGAAUUCAUCCUUUCACCAUUAAAGGAAUCAUACUGGUGAGCAGUAAUAUGUACACAAAGAAUGUAGGAAAACUUUCAUGCAAAGUAUAGAACUUAUUCAACAAUCAACUGUGGAGAGUAACCAUAUGAAUGUGACAUGUAAGAAAGUCUUCAGAUGUAUUUCAACUCACAUCAAACAUCAGACAUUUUAAUGGAUCUGUGAUCUCAUUAAUGUGGAUACUCUCUCCAAUGAUGCUCAUUCUGAUCAACUUUUGUCUUCCCAUAAAGCUUCUACAGGGCAGUCUACCCAACUUGCUGGAAGUCUUCCUUUGAUUCUUGUGAAUCCUAUGCAUGCCUACAGAUGAAGCAUGUAGCCUGUCAAUCGGUCAUCACUCACUUUCACUACAUGAACAACCUAACUUCUUUUCUGAUCAUAUGGUACUUUGGUGACAUCCUAUAUGCCAGUUCUCUGUGUAUUUAUUGGUUGGGAAGUGUGUUACACAGCCCACUCAUGCCCACCACUUGAAUUCUUUGGAGACUAUGGUAUUUCAUGAUUCAUAGCUAUACAGCAUCACUGAAAGAAUAUUGUUUUUUAAAAGGUGAGCUAUUGUUUCAGGAAGAAGCUUGCAGCCAUCAAAAAGACUACACAGUUUCCCAAAUUCAAUACAUCUUGAGAUUGUUGCCUUCCUAUUCAGUCUUAAACUUAGCUCUUUGUUAAUGUGCAGUCUUUCUAAGAUAAAUGUACCAAUAAACCAACUUUAUAGGUUAUCCAGCUAACUGCAUAUCAUAGUCUGGACAAUAGGCAUUAUUAAGCCACUUUUUUCCUCUGGUGUGGAUAGUUAGGCAAACUAAUAUUAAUUGGAAUUCAUAUUAGAGAGUAACCAUGUAAAUGUGUCACAUAAGAAAGUCUUUAAAUUCAGGUCAGCCCACAUAGAAAAUCAGAGACUUCAUUUUGAUUCUAUGAUGAAUCUGUAAUCUUAAUGAUAAGAGUAUUUCCUGCAGUGGAGCAGAUCACAAAUCACCCAUGCUACUCCAUUCUGAGCAAAUCUUGUCCACAUAUUUUCCAUAAAUCUUCCACAGGAGUUCCAGGGUUUAAUGCAAUCCAUAUGAUGUCAGCCACAAAUAAGAACAUCUGGAGAACCAUAGUAUUUAUAGUAAAUCUUCCAUUUGGAUUCUUUACUAACAUCCUUCAUGAUGGUGGCAAAUAACUCUGGGAAGUACACAUCUCCUUCUUUUACACCUUCCUUAACAUUAAUCUUGCUCAACAUAAGAGAUUUCAUACUGGAUUAAAACCUUAUGAAUGUAAUGCAUGUGGGAAAGCCUUCAUUGAUAGGUUGAAAUUUACCUCAUAUUUUUCAAAGGAUCUUGUAUUAUUCCCAUAUGCAUGGGAGUAAUCUUAUGAACAUAAGGAAUUAAGAGAAAUUUUCUUUGACACCAAUCCCAUAAGUAUUGGCUUUCCCCACAUAUUGCCUUUUAACAGAGGAUUUCAAUUACAGCAUUCUUUCCUGUUCUCCCCCUCCUCCAUUUUACUAGCCAUUUGAUACAGUUAAAUAUGCAGUGGAACUAAAAUAAUGAGACUGACAUUGUAUGGAAAUUACUAGAACUAAUGCAUCCAAUUGAGAAAAUUCAUUUUAAGGACAGAUCUGCUCUUUGCUACCUCACCUUAUAUGUAACUUUAGUUUUAGUUUUAAGGAAAGAAAAUUUUUUCUUUACAUUCACCCUAAAUUCAACAUAAUCUUAAAAUGUCAGCAGCUUAAAUUUUUUUUUUUAAUUUCAAUGUAUUCUCUAUUGUCUACUAAGUUCUCAUUAAAAUAAUGUAGGAAACUAUUCCCUGACUUUUGCUCUUGACACUUAAUUUUUCAGUUUUUCUCACUCUUUGAGCUUCUCACUGGCACAGGGACUGUUGCAGAUGGUGGGCAUUUAAUAAAUGCUCAUUGAAUUGAAUAAGUAACUACAAGGUAUAUUGAGGAAGGAAAAAGCAUCAACAUGACAAUUUCAUAAAUUAUGAACUGACAAAAUUAGGGGAAUAUUUAGUAAGCUUAUAUAAUCAGAACUAUUUAUGUUUUAUAAUUCUGUUCCAUUGAUGUAUUUUUCUAUUUCUUAAAUCUAGAAAUGGAUAGUUUUGAUUACUACUGUUUUUGAAAUGCAAUAUGAUAAUAUAUACAUCAGUAACUUUUUUUCAUGGUUCCCCUUGAAAACCCUCUUUAUUUUUGUGCUUCCAUGUAAAUUUUAUUACUGUUUUUAUCUCUUUCUAAAAAGUGACUAAUUGAUAUUUAGUAUUAGCAUCAUUGUUAGUAUAUUAGUGAGGGAACACCCUCUUCAAUUGCAGCUCUAUGGCAACCAUCUAUAAUUUGCCAUCCUAGCAACUUACGUGGGAUUCAGGGAAGGUAAGUGACUUUCCCAUGGUCACAGAGAUGCGUACAUGUCAAAGGUGGAUUUCGGUUCCAGUUCUUCCUGAUUCCAAGUGCAGCACUCUAUCCAUUAUGCCAUACUAUCUUUCUUGAUAUUGUGUUGCAGCUGUUUACUAUAUAUAAGAAAUGGUGACAUUUUUGCUAUACUGUGUCAUUCUAACUACUUCAGAGGACAUCUCUCCGGUUAUUAUUUUCUCUUAACAUAGGUCUUGUGUCUUAGUAGGUUAAUGCCCAAUAAUUGAUUUUUUUUAUUAUUAUAGAGUAUUUUUCUUCCUGUAAUUUUCUUUCAUUUUCUCAGUGAUAUGUAAAAAUGCAGAUGAUUUUUGUUGGUUUAUCUUUUACCCCCCCACACACUUAAUAAAGUCAUGUAUGACUAAUUAAUUAGUCAUGAUUCUGAUUAGCUUUUAAGACCAGAUGAGAUCAGGUACACUUCAAUCUCUUGGAUUUUCUAAAUAUAUAACCAUAUUAUUUUGAAAUAAAGAUAGCUUAUUCAUUACAAAGAUAUUUCUUUAAUUUAUUUUCAUGCCUUAUUGCUAUAACUUGCAUUUCUAAAACUAUGGUGAAUAUUAAUGUCGAAAGUGAUUGUUUUGAGUGGGAAUGUUUAUAAUGUUUCUCUAUUGCAUAUGAUGUGGUUUUAAAUAAAUACUAUAUAAAAUCAUAUUUUGA